AUGUCUCUCUACCGCAUCGGCGUCGACGUCGGCGGAACCAACACAGACGCCGCAAUCCUAGACAUCACCGCCGCUGAUACCCCCGGCCGCGGAGUUCGAGCCUCCCACAAAGCCUCUACGACACCGGACAUCACCAGCGGCAUCGAGGCAGCCAUCCGUGCCGUCCUGAAUAGCUCCGCCGUCGACCAAAAGAGGGUACUCAGCGUUACCAUCGGCACGACACACUUUAUCAACGCCUUGGUGGAGGCCGACACCCGACGACUAUCCCGCGUGGCCGUCGUCCGUCUCUGCGGCCCGUUCACGAGGCAGAUUCCGCCGUUCUCGGACUUCCCGUCAGGCCUUCACCGGAUUCUCGAUGGAGGGGUGCAUUACCUAGACGGUGGCCUUGAGAUAGACGGUCGGGAGAUUGCCCCUGUGAACCACGACCAGAUCAGACGGACCGCUAGAGAAAUCGUGGCCUCCGGGGUGACUGCCGUUGCCCUGGUCGGCGUCUUCGCUCCCCUGGACCACGCCGGCAUCCACGAAGAAACAUGCAAGAAGAUCAUCCUGGAAGAAGCCCCUAGGCUAGACGUCGUCUGCUCCCACGACAUCGGCCCGCCGGGGCUAUUGGAGCGGGAAAACGCCACCAUCCUCAACGCGGCGAUUCUCAGAACAGCGCAGAAGGUCACAAGGGGCUUCAAGCGUGCCAUGGCCCGUCUGAAGCUCGCUUGCCCGCUGUACCUCUCGCAGAAUGACGGCACCCUCAUCGACGCCGACACGGCCGCCGAGUAUCCCAUCAAGACCUUUGCUAGCGGCCCAACAAAUAGUAUGACCGGCGCCGCGUUCCUCGCCGGCUUCGACAAGGUGAAGACGAUCACGGCAGGCCCUUCGGCAGAUACGACGGUCGAGCCGCAAGUCCUGGUGGUGGACAUUGGCGGCACGACCACGGACGUCUGCGCGCUGCUCCCGUCCGGGUUCCCGCGCCAGGCGCCAGGCUUCGUGGAGGUCGGGGGCGUGAGGACGGCCUUCUCCAUGCCGGAGGUGGUUUCCAUCGGCCUCGGGGGCGGUAGUAAGGUGAAGACAGACUCCGAGUUCGGGGAGGUCACGGUCGGGCCGGGGUCAGUCGGGCAUUUCCUAACGCAGCAGGCGAAGGUCUUUGGCGGUCCUACGUUGACGGCGACGGAUGUCGUCGUAGCGUCAGGAAAGGCGCAACUAGGGGACGCGAGUCUGAUCAAGGACAUCCCAACUGCAACGAUCGACGAGGCACGCCGCAAGAUCAAGAAGAUGCUUGAGGGAGUUGUUGAGCAGAUGAAAGUUUCUGCAGCUCCUGUUCAUGUCCUUCUCGUUGGUGGGGGUGCUCUGCUUGUCACAGAGGAGCUGGACGGGGUUGAAAAGUGCAUCCAGCCGAUUCAUCAGGGCGCUGCUAACGCUGUUGGUGCUGCUAUCGGAAAGAUAUCUGGAGAAGUGGACGUGAUUGAGAUCCUGGAGGGCAAGGAUGAGAAGGCGGUGGUGGCGGCGACGUGCCAGAAGGCCAUCGACAUGGCCGUCCAGAAGGGUGCGGCGGUAGACGACGUGCGCAUCGUUGAGGUCAACAAGAUGCCUCUUCAGUAUGUCGACAAUGGCGCCAUGAGGAUACAGGUUCGGGCAGUCGGUAAACUGAGUGUCCCGGAGAACCCAGUCUUCUUAGCAGAGGUCGAUGGCGUUGUCUUGGAAGAGGAGCAGGAGGACGAGGCCGCCAAGGAGAACGUCCCCGAUGCCCUGGAGCCUACGACGAGGCCUUCUCUACGAAUAGACCUCGACAGCUAUCGGCCGAAUGUCAAAGAUGGGGUUUGGUAUGUCUCCGAAGUUGAUCUCGAGCUCAUCUCAACGGGCUGCGGCGUGCUGGGGACCGGGGGCGGCGGCCCAACGCACCAUGAGUUCUUGAAGAGCCUGCAAGCUUUGAGGACGAGCGAGGCUGGUAGGAUGAGGAUUAUCUCACCUAAAGCUCUGAAGGACGACGAUACGGUGUGCUUUGGAUCGUGGUAUGGCACGCCAAGUGUUAUCAACGAGAGGAUUGCCGGCGGUAGUGAGAUUCCCAAUGGCAUCGAUGCGGUAACCAAGAUCGUGGGCAAUAAGUCCCUUGACGGCAUCUUCAUCGAUGAGAUUGGCGGAGGUAAUGGUCUGAGUGUCUUCCCGACAGGCGUACACUACGAUAUCCCCGUGGUCGACGGCGAUGCCAUGGGCAGAGCAUACCCAACCAUGUACCAAGGCAAGUCUCAACACCAUCAAUCGACCCUAAGUGUGUACGGACACCCUCUGACGCCCUGCGCCCUGUCUGACGCAAGGGGCAACGUAUCGGUUGUGAUGAGCACCGACACGCCUAUCCGCCUUGAGCGCUUCUUACGUACCGCCGCGAUUGAACUUGGUCUCGGGUGCGCGGUCUGCGCGAGACCCUUGCCUGGCUUAGCGAUCAAGUCCCACGGCGUGCCCAACACGUUGUCACAGGCCUGGUAUCUCGGACGCGCAGUUCACAUGGCAAGGAGGAGGAAGUCAAGCUACAUUGACGCGAUCUUUGACGUCUGCGCUGGCAAACUACUUUUCACCGGCAAGAUCAUCGACGUAAGACGUUACGUCGGCGGCGGUUACACCAUGGGCAGCGUUCUUCUCGCGCCCCUCGCAGACGAGGAUCGCGACUCGGAUACCCAGGGAUCUUCUGGCGACCGUCACAUGCUCAUUCCCUUCCAAAAUGAGUAUCUCUACGCCGCUCUCACAGACUCCGAAGGGUCGGAGAAGGACCAGGAGUUGAUUUGCACUGUACCAGACCUGAUCUCCAUCCUUGGCCAAGACGGAGAGGCGAUUGGCUCACAGGACCUGCGGUACGGUUUGCGCGUCAAUGUCAUUGGCCUUCCUGCUCACCCAUUGUGGAAGACGGAGAAGGGCAUGCCUGUCGGUGGACCGAAGGCGUUUGGUCUGGAGAUGCCCUUUGUUGGGGUCGGGGAGUACACAGAGCCUCGGAGUGUCAUUGACGAGUUCGGGGUGUGA